CGAGCGAAACAGAAUUGGCAAAGAACUUGGAACCCGCUACCACCAAUACACAGUUAUUCAACCAAUAUGAGUUCCUACAUCCCUUCAAACCUGAACCCUUACCGGGGUCCGGUCCAUUCCAAAUCCUGUCCACCGCUUAGGAAAAGGAAGGCUAUGUCAGGCCGUCACAGCACGUUGGAGAAGGUCGUAGCUAGUGGCGUGAGGGUCGGCGGGCGAAAAGCCGGCCGUGGAGUGUGGCAGUCUCGACGAUUUGUUGUUUUGAUCAUCGAAGAUCCUGUACUUGACCUAACGACACAAGCAGGACGUGCUGCUAAAGUACCCCAUAUUGUUUCUGAGGAUAUACACCGGACCUACACAAUGAACGCCUCUAGAGGUGUUGCUCCUCAGCAAGUGAUUAACAUACCAGGAGACGACCCCGUUCAGAUAGAAGAUGACGUUGUUAAUGCUAUGGUUGACAUGGCACCUGCCACUUCUAAGCCAGUGCCCGUACAGCCUGCUGCCAACCGAGGGGCUGUAGCUAAGCAAGCAAGGGUUGCCCCUCCAAAUCCCGGCAACUUCUAUCCAAAGAUCUCGUUUAGGGUUCGGAGCCUAAAUGACGACGACCCCGGCCUUGAGUAUGAACUCACGAUCAAUGAAUCAUUCAAGAUAAUUUACUAUGACUACGCUAGGAGGGUAGACUCUCACCCGAAAGACAUUACUAUCAGGAAUGCUCAUGGCGAGGUUCCCUGGCAUAACAAUCCAAUGUUGGCCAGGAUUGUGAACGGGGUUGUCCUGUGGGUUUGGAGCCAGGUACCCGAGGCCAACAUGGAUAUUCGUAAGAAGCUAGUCUAUCUCCGAGAGCCGCGAACACGUUCGGUGAAGAAGAAAGUACUAGUCAUGUUGGAUGAGUCUCUGGACGGACUGUUUCGAGCUUGGAGUGACGUGGUGCGUGUUAGUCCUAGCAAAAUUUUUAUGUUUCACGAGAACAAAAAGGUCACGCCAGUUAUGGAUGUUCGGGGUGCGGCCAUGAGGAAUGGCGACGAAGUAUUUUGCUUCACAAACAAAUAGGGCAUGAGGAAGCCUAAUGUCAUGUGUCAGUGGAACCAAAAUCAACUGAAUCCCCUUUGGUAACAACCCUAGUGAUCCUAGUCGUAUGUUUAAUUAUGAUUUUGAUUAUGAUUCCCGAUGUAAUGUUUAAUUGCAAUUUUCAUUCUCAUCCUACCUCUUUGAACUUGAACAACGAUUGUUCUAAUUAGUUUUUAAUUAUGACAUUUGUUGUAUGAAUUAGCACAAUGUGUUGCAAACAACAGUUAAGCACUUCCGGGGACUAUUACACAUGACUACCACAAACAAAACAGUAAAAAGGUUAAAACCAACGAGAAAAUAGGGUAGUUAAAAUUGUAAAAUGAAACGCCAUAAUUACCAACCCUCGAGAAUUAGAACGAUUAAUUCCGUAAAAACACUUGUUCAUUCCCCUUCAAAACCGUCUUAGAAACCUCUAGAAAAAAAUAUUUAUUAUUCGGCCAGGAAAAAAAAAAAUUCGCUAAUUGAAUUCUGCUACAAGGUGAAUAGUCAAAAAAGGUUUAUGUGUCCCAAUUAGGACAUUAUUCAG